AUGCCUUCCCUGCUGGACGCUGCUCGCUUCCUUAUUUUCAGGGUCCCUCUGGUCCUCAAAACUGCCCUUUUCCACGUCUUGAAACUGAAUCCGACAUCUACUAAAUGGGAUCUCCGCACGGCGCUCACCGUGACCAUUAUUCGUAAUGUAUUGUGCAACUCGCCUCCCUCCACCAUAUCAAUGCAGCAGCGCAGUACGAUUCAGGAUCCGGGCGUGAAAGGCCGUAUGUGGGGUGCAAUUCGAGACGUAUUGUCCCAAGCCAUCCGGGCAAUUGGUACUGGAGACGAGGAGUAUCUGACGCCGGCUCUUGCGCCCGUCACGGCUGAAUGGACGGGAUACCGCGCGAGUGUUCCGCACAACGCUCCAGAGCCGUCUAUCUCCGAGGCUGACAAGUACAAGUGCUUGAUGGAGGAGACUACUACCGAUGUUACUCUGUUAUAUUUUCACGGCGGCUCGUACUAUCUCAUGGACCCCUGCUCGCACAGAGAAGUCGUCGCCAGUUACGCUCAGCUCACCGGAGGCCGAGUGCUCUCGGUUCGCUACCGCCUUGCUCCGCAGAAUCCUUUCCCGUCUGCAUUACUAGAUGCUCUGGUUGUCUACCUGUCGCUGCUCUAUCCCCCGGAAGGCGCUCUCCACAGCCCGGUGCCACCGUCACAUGUUGUAUUCGGCGGUGAUUCCGCCGGUGGAAACCUUGCAACAGUCCUCCUGCAGACAAUUCUUCAGCUCCACCGGGGUACACCUGAUGGCGAUCCUCCCGUCGUGAUAUUCCAUGGAAAGCCAGUCAAGGUGCCUCUACCAGCCGGAAUCGCUCUAGGCUCGCCCUCUCUCGACCUCACGCGCAGUAUGCAGUCGUCCAAAAAACAUGCUCAUGCCCUUUGUCACCCUCUUGUCUCCCCAGUUGCAGCACCCUCGUGGAGAGGGUCGCCUCCCAUCUUCGUCUCCUGUGGUGAGGAGCUACUGACGGACGAGUGCAAAGUUUUUGCGCAGAUGGCCGCGAGACAGGGGGUUACUGUCGUCUGGGAACAGUAUGAGGCUAUGCCGCAUUGCUUUGCGCAUAUACUCCAGGGGACUUUGACCUCUUCGCAGAGCCUUGAAAGCUACGCCAGUUUCGUGACGCGAGCUGUGCAGAAUCCCAGUGAGAUUACUACAAAUGGGAAGUUCUUUGCUGCCAAAUCUCUAGAGAGUUCUUCCGUAGAUGUUUGCAACCUCAACGAUACUACUGAGGAGGAAGUUCUGGAAGGGUUGAAGCAUGCUCGGGAUAAGAUUGUGCGCAAUUUUCAGCUCGCUAAGCAGUAG